UACCCAAACCUGGCAACAGAGAAGCAAAGCCCCAGCCAAAGGCGGGAGUGAUGCCUGCGGGCUGUGGCCCCGCCCCGGGCCGCCAUUGCCGGGCCUGUGGGACCGGGCUACCACAGUUCUCUGUCCUUUAUUCGGUGAACAGAGUGGGACUACCGGCCUGAUAGAGCUGUGCCCGACUGAACGCGCAUCUCCCCACGGCUAGAGCUCUCGGUCCCCAAACAGUUCACCUGCCGGCGGCCCCAACUCAGCUGGAGAAGUGGACAUGAGGUUGGCAGGCCCCCUCCGCAUCGUUGUCCUGGUUGUGACUGUGGGCCUCACCUGGAUCGUGGUCAGCAUCCUCCUGGGUGGGCCUGGCAGUGGCUUUCCUCGCAUCCAGCAGCUCUUCACCAGCCCAGAGAACUCAGUGACUGCAGAGCCUCGGGCCAGGAAGUAUAAGUGCGGCCUGCCCCAGCCAUGCCCUGAAGAGCACCUGGCCUUCCGCAUGGUCAGCGGGGCUGCCAAUGUCAUCGGACCCAAGAUCUGCCUCGAGGACAAGAUGCUCAUGAGCAGUGUCAAGGACAACGUGGGCCGUGGACUGAACAUUGCCCUGGUGAAUGGGGUCAGUGGUGAGCUCAUCGAGGCCCGGGCCUUCGACAUGUGGGCAGGAGAUGUCAAUGAGCUACUGAAGUUUAUUCGGCCACUGCAUGAAGGCACUCUGGUGUUCGUGGCAUCCUAUGAUGACCCAGCCACCAAGAUGAAUGAAGAGACCAGGAAGCUUUUCAGCGAUCUGGGCAGCAAGAACAUCAGGGACCUGGCCUUUCGGGACAGCUGGGUGUUUGUGGGGGCCAAGGGUGUGCAGAACAAGAGCCCCUUUGAACAGCACGUGAAGAACAGUAGGCACACCAAUAAGUACGAGGGCUGGCCUGAGGCACUGGAGAUGGAAGGCUGCAUUCCUAGGAGAAACACAGCCAGCUAGCCAGCUGAGCCCAAGCACCAGGCUGAGGGAGGCUGCGCGUGCCUGGCCCAGGAGGAGGCAGCAACAGUGCCAAGCGAAGGACUGAGUCCCUGCCCCACACCUGGCCAGGAGUGUUUUCUUGCAUCAGCACCUCUGGGCUCCAAGGCGGUGACCAGUGUGUGACUGGUAGCGGGGACUGUAGUAACCAGCCUCAUCGUGAUUUGUCAGGGGAGCCCAGGUACCCAUAUCCUUCCUUUCCUAAAGCUGCUUUCCCUACUCAGCUCCCACCCAAUUCCCAAGCACCCCUAGGCACAAAGCCCUGGGUGCCUGCCCCCUCAGGGCUGGUUGGGCAUCGCCCAGAACCUCUCUGCCCCAGAGCCACUCACUGCUCUGCAGGCUAGCCCUGUUUCUAGUGUGAUCCCUUCUGGUGAGCCACACCUGGCGGCCGUGGCAAGGGACCUGGCUGCCUCCUGCCCCAUUCUCUGCAGGAAGGGGCCACCUUAGAGCUUGGUUGGUGGGGCGGCAAGGUAGUUAGCCUGGUCGUGGUCCCUACUGCAAUGCGUGGCAGCUCCUGCAGUUUGUCGGAGGGCCUGCCUUCUAGACGACCUCUUAAUAAAUUGGUGCCCCCCAGUGGAAUGAAAUACAUUCAGCGCGGAGUCCGGAGUGAUA